AUGAGCAAAGCCCUGGACCGAAUCUCCCAGUUACCCUUCACACGCAAGAUGGAGGGGGCUGAACUCCCUCAACGGUUCCAUCAACCUACCUUCACCAUAUAUAAUGGUCGGACGGACCCCGUAGAGCACGUAAGUCAGUUCAACCAGAAGAUGGCCGUCCAUUCCAAAGACGAAACUUUGAUGUGCAAAGUAUUUCCAUCUAGUUUGGAACCGAUGACGAUGAGAUGGUUUGACGGCCUCAGGCCAAACUCCAUAAAUUCCUUUAAGCAGCUAACCCACGCCUUCGGCUCUCGCUUCAUCACGAGCAGCAGGGUUCCUCGACCCUCGGAUUCCCUUCUAUCGUUAUCCAUGCGAGAGGGGGAGACCCUAAAAGCCUACUUGGAUAGGUAUUGGGAAUUGUAUAAUGAGAUAGAGGGCGAUUAUGAUGACGUUGCCAUCAGUACGUUCAAGAGAGGCUUGUCGACCAAGCACGGUUUAAGAAAAUCCCUAACUGGGAAACCGGUUACCAGCCUGCGCCAACUCAUGGACCGAAUCAACAAGUACAAGAGGAUCGAAGAAGACCAACAGUUGGGUAAGGGUAAAACAAAGUUUCUCCCUCAGGAGAGGAGGGACUUCAGGUCGGACCGAUUUAGCAACAACAACCGAUCGAGGAGAGACUACACGAAGCAACCUGGAUCUACUAGAGUGCAAGCAGUCUACGCUGUGUUCCGAGAUCCAUUACAUCAGGUUUUGGAGAAAAUCAGGAACGAACCAUUCUUCAAAUGGCCAAAUAGGAUGGUGGAGGACCCCACGAAACGCAACCAGAACCUAUACUGUUAG